AUGUCUGCUCACCACCACGUAGCCGCCCAACCCAAACCGGGUUCAAUUAUGCAUGAAUCCGGUAUCAUGAUGUCGCCAAAGGCUGCCGCCAUGCUGGAAAAAGUCAAGGCUUUCGUAGAAACUGAAUGUAUCCCAGCUCAAAAGAUUUGGGAAGAUCAAUUGAACGCUAUGAAGACACGAUGGGAAGCUCCCCCAGCCAUUGAAGAAGACCUCAAGAAGAAGGCUAAAGCUCUUGGCCUGUGGAACAUGUUCUUGACCGAAGAAUACGGAGAACUCGGACCCGGUCUCACCACCAUGGAAUACGCCGUCAUUUGCGAAACUCUAGGAAGAUCUGGCCUCGCCUCAACUGCUACCAACUGUGCAGCCCCAGAUACCGGCAACAUGGAAUUGUUGGCCAAGUUCGCCAGCCCUGCCCAAAAGGAAAAGUGGUUGAAGCCUUUGAUGAAUGCUGAAAUCCGAUCGGCCUUCACCAUGACUGAACCCGAUGUCGCAAGUUCCGACGCUACCAAUCUAAACUUCAAAAUCACAAAGACUUUGGAUGGCAAGCACUACAUCUUGAACGGACGCAAGCACUGGAUUUCAAACUCGUCCAACCCCAAAUGUGAACUCUAUAUCGUGGUUGGAAAGACUGAUGAUAUGGGUGGCCGCCACACUUCGCACUCGGUUGUGUUGGUGCCCAAGUACACUCCAGACCGUAAAUUGUACCCUGGAUUGAAGAUCAUCCGUCAUAUGACUGUCUUUGGUUAUGAUGAUGCACCUCACGGUCACGACGAACUCUUGUUCGAAAACCUCCAAAUCCCAGUUGAGAACUUGGUUCUUGGCGAAGGUCGUGGAUUCGACGUCUUGCAAGGACGUUUGGGUGGUGGUCGUAUUCAUCACUGUAUGAGAACUUUGGGUGUUGCAGACCGUGCCCUCGAAUUAUUUGUCUUGGAAGCCACCAACCCCAAGAAACGACCCUUCAACAAGCUAAAGGGUGAACAAGGAAAGAUUCAGUGGGAUUUGACUGAAGCCAGAAUUGAAUUAGAAAUGUGCAAGCGUUUAGUCUACUAUGCGGCAUCAGCCAUGGAUCAGAAAGGAUUCAAGGACGCUCGUCGUGAAAUCGCCAUGUGUAAGAUCAAGGUUCCUCGUAUGGCUUGUAACAUCAUUGACUCCGCCAUCCAAGUUUACGGAGGUUUGGGUAUCUCUCAAGGUACCGAACUCGCCAAGAUGUGGGCUCACAUCCGUCACUUGCGAUUCGCUGAUGGCCCAGAUGAAGCACACAGCCAGCAAUUGGCAAGAAGCGAGCUCUCUGUCGCAGACAAGCUCCGAGUCAAGUACGAAAUGUACCGUCAACGUGAAGCUGAAUUGAGAGCCAAGUUGUAA